AGAGGGAAAAAUCUGUAUUUUUAACUUUUGCAGCAACUAAAAAAGGAAAUGAAAUUGGUUUUAGUUUACAGCAUUUUCGCUCUUACAACUUUCAUCAUUUAUAAUGCAAAAGAAAUAAAGAACGACAUUUUUAAAUGUAAUGACGAAGAGUGCCAUUUAAAUCCAGAAUGUUGCAAGAUACGUACAAAAAAAUUAACAGAUCAACUUAAUGUCAUUAAUAGAAAAACAAUAGGCGGAGUCAAGAAAGAGAAAAUGAAGAGAAGUGCAGCAGUAUUUUGCCCACCGGGAUUAUACUCCUGUUUAGCAGGUACAGCUUGCUGCGAUAAAUUAGGAAAAGUAUAUUCAGGAUAAACAUGUUUUUACCAAACGUUUCAAAGUUGAUGACGAAUUCAUUACAUGCACAUUUUUACAAAUAUGUAUUUUGGGGAAAAAAAUAAAAAAAUAUAUAUAUAUAUA